AUGUCAGCUUCAAUUGAGACCGUUGCCACUAAGGCGUUUCAGGAUCAAAAACCGGGCACGUCUGGUCUACGUAAAAAGACCAAAGUUUUCAUGAACGAGCCUCACUACACGGAGAACUUCAUUCAGGCCAUCUUGGAAGCAAUCCCCGAGGGAAGCCAGAAUGCCACUUUAGUUGUGGGAGGAGAUGGUCGGUUCUACAACAAUGAGGUAGUGCAGAUCAUCGCGGCAAUUUCUGCUGCCAAUGGGGUCAGAAAACUAAUUUUGGGGCAAAACGGUAUUUUGUCCACACCCGCUGCAUCGCAUAUUAUUCGCUCUUACCACGAAAAAUGUACAGGUGGAAUUAUCCUGACUGCGUCUCACAACCCUGGUGGACCCGAAAAUGACUUUGGGAUCAAAUACAAUCUGAGCAAUGGCGGGCCAGCACCAGAAUCCGUCACCAAUGCAAUUUUCGAAAAAUCGAAGCAGCUCACAAGCUACAAGAUAGUGAAGAACUUUCCCAAAAUUGACAUUUCCACUCUGGGCACAGACAAGGACUACGCGGGGCUUUUGAUUGAUGUCGUGAGCUCCACCUCGGACUACGUAGCCUUUAUGAAGUCUAUUUUCGAUUUUGACUUGAUCAAGCGCUUUAUCGAUGUGCAACGGUCUUCAAAGGGAUUCAAAAUCUUAUUUGACUCCAUGAACGGUGUUACCGGUCCUUACGGAAAGUCUAUCUUCGUGGAUGAGCUUGGAUUGCCAGCAGAGGAAGUGUUGCAAAAUUACAUUCCUCAGCCAGAUUUUGGAGGGCUGCAUCCGGACCCUAACUUGACUUACGCUCACACUUUAGUGGAGAGAGUGGACAAAGAAAAAAUUGCCUUUGGUGCUGCUUCUGACGGGGAUGGAGACAGAAAUAUGAUCUACGGAUAUGGUCCUGCUUUUGUCUCUCCAGGUGACUCGGUUGCUAUUAUCGCAGAAUAUGCUUCUGAAAUUCCAUACUUUAAGAAACAAGGUAUCUACGGGUUAGCUCGUUCGUUCCCUACAUCUGCUGCCAUCGACCGCGUCGCCAAAGCCCAGGGUUUGGACUGCUACGAAGUACCCACUGGUUGGAAAUUUUUCUGUGCGCUUUUCGAUGCUAAGAAAUUGUCGAUUUGUGGCGAAGAGUCUUUUGGCACUGGUUCCAACCAUGUCAGGGAAAAGGACGGGGUGUGGGCCGUUGUUGCAUGGCUGAAUAUAUUGGCGAUCUACGACAGGGAUCACCCUGGCAGUGACGUUUCGAUCAAGACUAUUCAGGAUGAUUUCUGGAAAAAAUACGGCAGAACUUUUUUCACGCGCUACGAUUUCGAGCAGGUGUCGAGUGAGGCUGCAAACAAGGUGCUACACGUUCUAGACGAUCUUGUCAAGAACAAAGAAGCGGCUAUUGGGAAACCAUUUGCGGGCGAGCCAAGCUUGACAGUGACGGAUUGCGGCGACUUUAGCUACACUGAUUUGGACGGUUCUGUAUCCGAACACCAGGGGCUAUUUGCCAAACUUUCCAACGGGUGCCGUUUCGUGGUGAGACUCUCGGGUACCGGAUCUUCGGGUGCCACCAUUAGGCUAUACGUUGAGCGCUACAGCGACGACGCUUCUCAGUACUCUUUGACCGCUGAUAAGUUUUUGGCAGCUGACAUCAAGGGUGUUUUGAAAUUUUUGAAAUUCAAAGAAUUCCUCGGUACUGACGAGCCAACCGUCAAAACUUAA